AUGACUCCCACAAUUUCGUUGGUCCCAAUUAGAACCCUCAAAUUUGCAAUUGUGACUCGAACUUGCCCCUGCGAUCAUCUCCGUCACCAGAAUGCUGAUUUGAUGCAAUUGCAUGAAAUGACCCUCUUCACCUCACCCACACUACUCUGCGAACCUGUGGCCGCCGCCGAUCUUCCGGGUUGUACUCCAGCCAGCCUUCGACCUCGCAACUCAGACAACCUCCACCCUUUCUCGUGCUUCACGCUCAGAGGUUACAGAGCCUUAACUCGCUCACACUGCUCUGCUUCCUACUUGUGGCCGCCGUUGAACUCUGGUCUCAGACCUCGCACCCUCGCAAGCCUCCGACCUCACACCUCAGGCGACCUCCACCCCCCGUCGUUCACGCUCACAGGUGUUGAAAACUCCUGUUUUGCUCGACAUGCUUGCCGCAUAUUUAAUGGAUCGGGAAAAUCCAUUGAUAAUGGUCCACUCAUAUUACCAGAGCCUUACUUGGACAUAUCAGGAAGUUCUAUCAAUCCUAGUGAGAGAACCUAUCUAGAGGAGAUGAUACAAACCGGAAUUUCUAUAAUUGAUGUCAUGAGUUCUAUUGCUAGAGGUCAAAAGAUCACUCUAUUCUCAGCUGCUGGUCUCCCCCAUAAUGAAAUUGCUGCACAGAAAUGUCAGAAGGCUGGUUUAGUCAAGCGAUUAGAGAAAUCUGAUAAUCUGCACAUAACUUUUUCAAAUAAUUUUAUCAUUGGAUAAUGAAGGAGAUGUUGAAGCAUUUAAAGAAGGCCUAGAUAUGCCAGAUGAUUAUACUAUUUAGAAUGAAGUUGUGGCAAAGGAGAAAAGAAAGUUGUUUUUGAUUUAGGUUCUUUUGGUUUAGAUCUCUCUUUAAAGGGUUUCAAAGAUUGUUCAGAGACUUUCAAAGAAGAUCUAAAUAUUGAGAAAAAAUUUUACAUAUGGAAAGAAAUGGCAAAGGGGUAAGAAAUGAUCAAUGAAGAGCAAAAUGUUAAGUUGAAUGAUACUGAGCUCAAGUUAAAAGAUCAAGGACAUAAACUAAAAACUCAACAGAAAAGAAUUAGUUUUAUUGAAAAGAUAUUUCAUGCUUUAUAUAAAAAGUUGAAUCUCCCAUUUCUUUCAACUUUGUUUGUUCUUGUAGAAGAUGAACUUGGGACAG